AUGCUAAGUGGUAUUAUCACCACAGAAACCGUUGAAGCAGCGACUGAACAGUUUGACAAGUUAUGUGUACUGUUAAAAUUUGACAAGAAAAUGGAGAAAACGUCAGAGAAUGAAAAUGCUAGUGAGGAUGAUAAUGGAGAUAGCUAUGUUGAUGGUGAUGAAAACGAUAAUGAUGAUAAUGAUGAUGACGAAGAAGAACUAAGAAGUUGUCUUCACUAUGCGGGAAAAUACUUCACCCAGUACGCUAUGAAAGCUGUUCUUCAUGGAGUCAGAUACAUUAGUCGAAGAACCAUGUUUGAAAGGUUUUUGUGGGGAAUUCUGACUCUAGCAUUUGUACUAAUAUGUUUGACACAGAUCUUUAAAUUAUACAGCAGACUAAAUCGAUAUCCAGUGGUUAUUACUUUUGGAAGUGAAACAAUUCAUAUUUAUGAGAUUCCAUUCCCGGCGGUAACGAUAUGUCCCCGAACAAAAAUAAGAAAAGAAGCCUUCAAUUAUGAAGAGGUGCAUAAGAAAAUUGAAGAAAACCAAAAUUUGACAGAACAGGAGGCCACAAUUUAUGAAUAUGUACAUGCUAUAUGUAAAUGUCAUGUCCGUCAUGAUGUAAACCAUACUUACAACAAAAUCCACUUUUCUGACGAUUUUUUUGACACUAUAGAUCAUCUCACCAUUGACCCUUCAGAUCUAUUUGUACGUUGUGUCUGGAUAAGAACUUCUAUGAACUGUUCAGAAAUCUUUACUCGUGUGUUUACCGAUGAAGGAAUUUGCUACUCAUUCAACGUAUUAGACAAAACGCAUAUUUUCCGUGACUACAUCAACUUGCCCAAAGAUUCUUUUAUUGGUCAUAAUAAAGACUACGAUUGGAACAUAGAAACAGGAUACACAAAAGAUAUGAACUAUAAAACAUAUCCCCGACGAGUUCUAAACUCAGGACACGAAGAAGGUUUAGAACUAACACUUGGGCUAUUUUCUGAAGAUUUUGAUUUUGCCUGUGGAUCGUUCCUACAAGGAUUUAAAGUAAUCGUUCACAGUCCAAACGAAGUUCCACAAGGGAAUGACAAUUUCUUUCGCAUAUCUCCAGGUCAUGGUUUGGAUGGGGCUAUUAGACCAAGGUUCAUCUUGACGUCAUCUAGUAUUGGUCAAUAUCAGCCUCAAGCGAGAAACUGUUACAUGGGAACAGAAAAGCCAUUAAAAUAUUUUAAACAGUAUACUCAGUCGAACUGCAAACUAGAAUGUGCUAGCAACUACACGCUCUUGAGAUGUGAAUGUGUAGCACACUAUAUGCCUAGAACGAAAGACAUACCAAUCUGUGGAACUGCAAAUCUGUAUUGUGCAGAACUGGCACAAGAUGAACUGGACUUUCUUGAAAUUGAAAACAACUUGAAAACUAAUACAUCGGAUUUAGGUUUUUGUGGAUGUUUACCUUCAUGUACAGAGCUGAGUUAUAUUAUGGAAAUUUCUAGAAUCCCCGCUUACUUGAAGGAAAGUUUAAGUAACAAUGAAAACUCCACGAUUAAACAUCUUACUCAAUUAAAUAUUUAUUUUAAAGUUGGGUACUUCAGCCAAUUUAUAAGAUUCCAAGCACUUUCAACAUUGACUUUAAUUGCCAAAGUAGGAGGACUACUAGGGUUAUACACCGGAGCUUCCAUAAUUACAGUAGUAGAAUUUUUGUAUUAUUGGACAGGAAGACCGAUUUGCAACAAAUUUCUGUUUAAUCGGUGGUCAGGACGCAAACCUCUUAAAUUAACCAAAUAAAAAUUUUGUUUCAAAUGGCAAAUAUUGCUGUAAACUAUUGCAGCAGUUUUGUGCCACCAAAAUACUAAAUUUUUCACAUUAAUUAUUGCUAUAUACCCAUUUAACGGAAGACACGAGACCCAACUAACAACACAAUCAUUCUUACAGAUACCCUUAAAUUGU